AUGCAGGAGCCAAAAAGCAAGGGUGCCCGAAAGCGCAAUGCCUCGGCAGCGGGUUUCAAGAAGGAGUUCAAGCCUUACCACGCGACGAGCGUCCCAAAGGACACGGACCUCGCUGCGAACGCCACAGCUGAUGAGCCCCCCACUACUGCCAUGCUUCGAAACAUCCCCAGCAAGUUCACCCAGCAGUCGUUGCUGGAGGAGAUCGACGCAGAAGGCUUCAGUGGCCUCUAUGACUUCUUCUACCUUCCGAUGGAUGUGCGCAAUAAGACGAACGUGGGCUACGCUUUCGUCAACUUCUUGGAGCCGGAUGACAUGGCUCGGUUUUCCCGACACUUUGAAGGGUACCGGUUCAAGAACAACAACAGCCAGAAGAUCGCCACCGUUAGCCCGGCGCAUGUGCAGGGUUUGAAAAGGAACAUCCAGCAGCUCUCCAAGAAAGCCGUGCUCCACUUCAACAAAGGCCAGUACAAGCCCGUGGUGUUCCGAAACGGUGAGCGUGUGGACUUUGAAGUCAUGGCGAAGGAGUUGGACUAA